AUGCCUUCCAUAGGUUGUCCAGGGCGUCUGUCCAGGGGGUCUUUUGAGACAGCUUGUCCAGGGGGUACCGUAUUAAAAACAGGAAAGAUGAUUAUCUGCAAACAAUAUGAAACUGUAGUUUUGUUCUACAUAACCAGUUUUUUCCUGACACUGAUUGGAGGUAUUGCCAGUUCUGAAACAAAUGACUCCGCAAACACGACAGCUGCAACAACAACAUUGGUACCAGCUCUUGGUGUCAAUUGCACUUACAGGCCAAUCGACUGGUGCAAUACCGCUAUAUCCGGCGCUGCUGAAUGUACAAAUAACACAUGUCAAUGUGAAUUAGGUCAUUUUCAAUCCGGUAUCAACUCUUGCACACAUGAGUUGGAUUUAGUGCCAGUAAAUCUUACUACCUCUAAUGUCACAACAAGAAGUUUUGUUAUAUCGUGGUCACAGAAAGACAAUGUAAAAGAUCUAGACCUGACCUAUGACGUUGUGGCUGAUUCAAAAUAUGAUGGAGGAAAUGUUAAUAAGGUUUCAUGUACUGUAGAAAGCGAUCGGACAUCAACAUGCUCUAGUCUUUUGCCAGGUUAUAAAUAUGAAAUUAUUGUGAAAUGUAGAUACAACGCCAUACAUGCGGUUGCAUUUGCCAUUCUCCAAGAAAGUACAUAUUAA